AUGAACACCAACAGAACCCCAUGGCGCGUAAUUGAAUUCAAAAGGGAGAAUUACUCGAGCUAUACAAAUUCUGCAACAGUACCCGUUCAUAAGCAUCCAUUGGAGGAGAAAAAACGAUAUGUUGCUUCAUGGGCUCAACCGAAACCGCAAAUUGAGAAGAAUGCCGAUAAAGAAGAUUGCGAGUUUCAAGACCCGUUGGGCGCAUUAAAUGACGGCGAUGAUAAUUCUUUGGAUAUUUUGGAUGUUCCCAUCACAAAGCCCUAUUCUCAUUCUCUAGACAACACUCUAGAAAUGAAUAAUUCUCCUAGAUCAGCUUUCGAUUUCGAACUUCCCGAUUUUAUUCCUUGGCGUGAGAAGCGAUUGAAAAUUGUCUCGCUAUCGAAACGAGAUAAUCGAAUUUUGAGCCAAUCGGACAAAAUCAAGCAGCGAUUGAAAAUCUUCCAAGAGACCGAUUUUGGCAAUCCGAAGCGUCGAGAGAUUAUUGAUUAUCCGACGACGAUUGCGAAGCUUCGUGAGAGUUUGCUGAAUGCUUGGGAGAAUAACCAAAGGAUAAUUACCAAUGUUGGAGUUGUUCUCGAGAAAAUGGCAGCGAUUGAUACCGAUGAAUUUCCAUAUCAUUGGUUGCUCGCCGUCGAUGUUCUUGAUACUUUUGGGAAGCUCGUUUUCGAUCGAUUAGUCAAUAAGGCCAAUGAGGAGCGCAAAAGAAUUGGACAAAAUGAGCUCGGAAGCCUUAUUCGAUCCGACAUGAUCCCGCCGACCGCCAAGGAAAUGGCGAAGCACUGGUUUUUGAAGGUUUCCGAGAUUGAAGACAUUAUUGUGAGAUUCUAUGUGGAAACUUCUCUCAUCGCCUGUUUGAACUUUUUGGAUAGUCCCGCGAUUCCAGUGAAUCUUGAGCGACUCGCCACAAUUUGCACGACAUUUCCGCAAAAUCUUUCGGCAUAUUACGCGCGUGCCUAUAUUUGCCGAAUCUCGAUGUUCAUUGAUCCGACGGAUCGGAGACCGCAUUGGAGGUGCCUUCAUGAUUGGAUGCAAUCGCAGGACAAGGUGGAUAUUAUGAAUUAUAGCAAUGAUAAUCCGAAUAUUGCGCGAACGAAGAAGCUAGCUCAACCGGCAGUUGACUGGAUCGUUCAGUGUGUUUCCUAUGGUGCCCACACCAAAGACGACUUGUCGCCAAUUUGGGCGUAUUGCUCCAAAACGCCAAUUGAUUUGAAGACGUAUUUGCUCAUCAAUGGAAUUGUCAAUGGGCUUCCAUCAAAGUUUUUGGCGAUUUAUCCAAAAGACAUUUUGGAAAUUGCGUUGCUAUUGAAGGAGAGCACCGCAUUGGCUCAAUUUGGUAGACGAAUGUGCGACAUUUCGCCGGCGAGCGAUGACAAAAAAUUUCUGAAAAAAAUUGUUUGGAGAAAAAUUGCGGAGAAUGAGAAUUUCGCGGAUUUUGUCGAAUGCUCGAUUGAAUGGACGAAAUUUGUGGCGAAGAACUUCCCAUCUGGCGAUGUGCUCAAAAUUCUCGAAUUGCUAUUGUCGCGAUUCAAAGACGUCGGAGAGGAGAUUCGUGAAGAUUGCGGAAUCGAGCCGCUUCUUGACGUCGUCGCCGCUUUGAUCGACAAUUUUCCAAACGCGAAAAAUUGCCUACCAAUUUUGGCGCAUUCCAACUUUUUGAAGCUUGUCGACGUUAUUGGGGAUGAGUACGAAAAUGCCGUCAAAUGUGCGGAUGUUGUUCUGAAGAGCAUUGCGCAGAAAUUCAAGCGAGGCACUAUUGACGAUUUCCAGAUUGCUUCAAUGAUUCUGGAACAAUCGACGAUUAUGUGCCAAAAUGUGCUUUUCAAAUUGUCUUCUAGUGAGGCUACGGUUUGCGAGGAACUCAUCGCCAAGGCAUUGUCAACCAUCGAUUUCAAAUCUAGAAAAGACCGAAUGCAGGGAUUGGACAUGAUCACAAAAGCUCGAGGAGCAUUGGGAUUAAGCGAAAUCAUUCUCGAGGAAAUAAUCGCGAUUUUACUGGAUUUUACAAUUGAUUCAAUUGUCAAUUAUCCGAAGAAAUCCGAGUUUUUAAGAGUCUGCGUCGUCAAUUUGGCAGUAACCGUUCCGGCGGUUCACGACGCGACGCGAAGGUUUCGUUACUCGCUGAAAGUCCUUAAUGUGUGCAUGAUGAUCAAUUAUCUGCCAGAAAUCGACACCGAAUGCAAGCGUUGCGUUGAGUGCCUCAACGAGCUCGCGAAAACAACACGCGCUCAAAAAUUGGCUCCAAUGAUCGCCGAAUAUUUGGCGGUAUUGUGUCGGGUGCCGGACGCGCCGCAAAAAGGCAAACCGCUCUAUCAUUUCGGCAAACUCAUGGCAUUCAUUGAAAAGAAUGAGACCGAAUGGGCAAAAGAGGCCAAAGGAUAUUGGCUCGCCGAGAUACUAGUGAGAUGUGUGCGCUAUUUGUGCGCGGUUCGACAACUCGAUGAAAUGCCGGGAGCGAUUCGAGGCAACGAUGUGCUUUAUAUGGGCGAUGAAGAGUUUCUGCACCAUAUUGACUCAAAAAUUGACUAUGUGAUAUCGAAGCUUCUCCCAUUGGCGAAUGAGGCGUCCGUUGCGAUUCUCAUAUUGGAGAAUUUUCUAGUUCUUUUUGAAGUCACUGAAGAGAUUCGAUCCACGAUUCGGGGAUUAUUGAAAAGAGCGGCAACAAAUGAGAAGUAUACGAAUCGUUUGAAUCAUACUAUUAAUAAUUUGCGAGAGAUGGCGACGAGUAAUGAAAUUGUGAUGAAUAUUCUUGAGAAAUUAUCGCUAGCUUAA